GAUUUUUAUUAAAAAAGAAUUGCUAAAAAAGAAAAAUUAAAGUAACAUGCGAUAAAAAUUAUAAUUUUUCACCGAAGGAAAUUAUGGAGACUACUAGGGCUCGAGAUAGGGAUGCGGCGGCCAGGGCAGACAGCAGCUUCCACCGGCGGCAAGGCUUCAGGCGGCGGAUUCCAGGUUUUAGUUCUCAGUUUUCUGGGCAGGUUCAGACAUUUUUCUUCUUCAAUUUCCCCGAGACGGAGACAGCAAAGAGUCUUUGGUUUUGCUUUCAACGAUUCGGCAAGGUAGUGGAUGUGUUUCUUCCGAACAAGAGGGACAAGUGGGGGAAUAGAUUUGGAUUUGUUCGACUGCCACAAUGUAUGUCAGCAACGGAGAAGGACGCAGUUAAGAGAAUUGAGGAUCGGGAUUUAGAGCAGAGGGUAUUGGGUGCCGAGAAUGAGGGAAAGGGAUUGGGUGCAAAGGAAAAGGCACAAGAAGAGAGUGUGGGUGCAGAUAGAGAGUGCAUUAUUGCGUUUGAGCCUACAAAGGAAGAAACUCAAUGGCUGGAAGGGGGCAUGGUCGCUGUUUUGAAUUCUUUAAUGUCAGUGACAUGUAUCCAAGAGAGAAUGGAUGUGGAUGGAGGGCUGCUUGCGUUGUUCCCAUUAGGGGGAAGUUCAGUGCUGAUUCUUGAAAAGGUGAAGGGCUACCUUAGUGAGUUUAUGGUGCAGAAUAGAGAGUUGUUCGAUACAUGGUUUGAAUCUAUAUUACCAUGGGCGUUAGCGCCGACACGAAGUAGUCGAUUGGUGUGGCUGCGGGUAUCUGGUAUUCCGUUGAAUGCAUGGACUGAUAGAUGUUUCGAAAUGAUAGGAAGAACGUUCGAGGAGGUGGUGAGGGUGCAUGAGGAUACCAAGUCCAAAGCUGUUUUGAGUGAAGGAAGGGUACUGGUUCUUUGUUCAGCUACACAUAGUAUUUCGAAUGUGUUGAAAUUGAAGGUAGUUGGACAGCUACAUGAGAUUCAGGUAGCGGAGGAGGGAUGGAGAUCAGACCCAGAUUGGUGGCUAUCGGCGGGUGACCGACGGAGUAUGACGGGGACAUCAUCGGAAUAUUCCUCCUCGCAUAUUGAGAGUGAGGAUCAAAGAUUUAUUGAUGAUGAGAUUCUCGGCGAAGAUGAAGAAAACAUUGAAUUGGAGCUGUUACAGGAGAAUGGAAUUUUGAAUUCAAAGAGCAAGCAAAUUGAUGGGGAGUCGUCAUCGGGUGGAGAUGGGGGUUAUGACGGUUAUAAUGAAAAUGGGUUGAGGAGUGCUAACGGGGUGCUAGAGGAGUAUAGGGGGUUGAAGGACAAUGGGCUUGUGGAUGGUUAUGGGCAUGUGGAAGUUAAUGGGUCAGGAGAAGAGGAUGUAGAAAGUUCUUUUAGUAAGAUGUCCAAGGACUCAAAGCAGAAAGGGGCAUCACGUGAUAAGGAGAAUAAGGCAGCUGACGUGUCGGGAAAAAGACAUAGAAAAGUGGUAGAGUGCUAUCCAGAAGAAAUUGCAAAAAUCUGGAAUGAGAAAGCAGAGUGGCCGGAGCAACAGGGAGAAGAAGAAUCUCUUUCGGAUGGUUGUAUUGCUAAUCGGAAUCAAGUUAUUCAACGAGAGAUUAAUAUGCAAGAGGUAAAGAAAAUGUUGUGCACUGGAAAAAGGCUUGGAAUGCAGUUUGAAGGUACUGAAGAGGAGGUGGUGUCACGGUUGUUGGAGCUGGAAGAGAGAGAUGAAAGCAGGAGACAGAGAGGGGGUUUGGGGAAUAUGGUGAAGAGGAGGGAGUUGAGUAGGCUAGUUCGGGUAGAAAAACCAAAUUUUCUAUUCCUUCAGGAGACCAAAUUAGAAGUGGUUGAAGAGUGUUUGUGUAAAAAGCUAUGGAAGAAAAAAGCUGCAUUAUGGGAUGAGUUGAGGCAGAGGAUUGUUGAGGAGGGUGGGCGGUGGAUGCUUGCAGGGGAUUUCAAUGCUGUUAGGAGUAUGGAUGAAAGAAGGGGAAAGACAGGGGAGAGCGCCGAUAUGAAGGAUUUUGAUCUCUUUAUAGAGACGGCAGGGCUUGUUGAUAGCAAGUUGAUAAAUCGAAAGUUUACAUGGUACAAACCAGAUGGUACAGCAAUGAGUAGAUUAGACAGGAUAUUGAUGACUGUGGAAAUGAGCAGUAUGGGUGGUGAAUGGGUGCAACAAGGGUUGAAAAGAAAUAUAUCGGACCACUGUGCAAUUGUUUUGAAAACAAGGACAACAGAUUGGGGACCCAAACCGUUUCGAGUUCUGGAUGCAUGGCAACAUCAUCCGGAGUUUAGAAAAGUUGUUGAAGACAAAUGGAAUGAACUAGUGGUGAAGGGAUUUGCAGGUUACAAUUGUCUUCAGAAAUUAAAAAUGUUGAAGCAGUUUCUGAAGAGUUGGAAUCAGGAUGUCUUCGGGGAUCUAGAAACUCAGUUUCAACAUGCAGCGAGCACUGUAGUAGAACUUGAUAUGAAAAACGAAGAGGUGGCAUUAGAAGAGGAAGAAUUGGAAGAUCGACAACAAGGAUUCCAAGCACUCUGGGAUAUUAUGAGGAAGAGGGAAUCCAUUUGGAAGCAAAAAUCAAGAUCCAAUUGGGCCAAAUGGGGGGAUGCAAAUUCGAGAUACUUCCACCAAAUGGCAAAUGGGAGAAAGGCUCAUAACAACAUUGUUGGCAUAUCGUGUGAUGGUAGGUGGAUUGAAGAGCCAGAGGUGAUAAAGAGAGAGGUGGUUGGGAUCUCUGAAGAGAUGUCAACAUGGUUAGAAAGACCAUUCUCGACGGAAGAAAUUGAGGAAGGGUUACAGAGUUGUGAGGGAACAAAAGCACCGGGGCCGGAUGGAUACAAUUUUAGUUUUAUCAAGUAUGCUUGGGGUUGUAUGAAGGAGGACUUUGUGAGAUUUUUUGAGGAGUUUCACCGGAAUGGCAGGUUAGUAAAAGGGUUAAACUCUUCUUUCUUAACGUUAAUUCCUAAGAAGAUGAAUCCCAUGGAACUAAAAGAUUUUAGACCUAUUAGCUUAGUUGGUUGUGUAUAUAAGUUAUUGGCAAAGGUGCUGGCUAAUAGGCUACGGGUGGUAAUGCCGGAGAUCAUUAGUGAUUCUCAAUCUGCGUUUUUGGGAGGUCGUCAACUUGUUGACAGUGUGCUAGUCUUAAACGAGGUGGUGGAAGAGGUUAAGCAGCGUAAGCAACAAGCUUUUAUCUUCAAAGCUGAUUUCGAAAAGGCGUACGACUGCGUCGAUUGGUCGUAUUUAGAUUGGAUGAUGAGCAGAUUUGGUUUUGGUGGGAAGUGGCGACGGUGGAUCCGAGAAUGCCUUUCAACUGCUCGAGUUUCAAUUCUGGUAAAUGGAAGCCCAACAGAGGAGUUUGCGAUGGGGAAAGGAUUACGACAGGGUGAUCCGUUAUCUCCGUUCCUUUUUCUCAUGGUGGCUGAGGGUCUGCAUGGACUAGUCAAAAAAGCAGAAGAUGAGGGAUUGUUACAAGGCAUCACGGUGGGGAAUAAUGGCUUAGCUAUUUCUUUGCUACAAUUUGCGGAUGAUACAGUGAUAUUGGGGAAAGCUAAUAGUGAGAGUAUUUUUACGGUUAAAACCAUUUUGAGAUGGUUUGAGUUGAUGUCUGGGUUGCGGAUAAAUUAUGGCAAAAGUAGUGUCUUUGGUUUCAACGUGGCUUCUCGAUGGAUUAAAGGGGCAGCAAGUGCUUUCCAUUGUGGUGUUGGGGAAACACCCUUUAUGUAUCUGGGUAUGUCGGUUGGGGGGAAGAGUGGGAGCAAGAAGAUGUGGGAUCCAGUUCUACAUAAAUUUCAAGCUAAGUUAGCCGUCUGGAAGUCUGCUGUGCUGUUUGCUGGUGGUCGCAUCACUUUACUUAACUCGAGGUAUUAUGGUGGAAGGGAGGAAGUGGAUAUUACAGCAGUGGAUACAGUUAGGGUGUCUAGGCUGUGGAGGGAUGUUCUGAGUAUAGGGUUGAGAUCAGAUGGUUUAAAGAAUAUGUUGGUGAAGGGUUUUAGAUGGGGGGUGGGAGAUGGAAGUAGGGUGGAUUUUUGGAAAGAGGUUUGGGUGGGGGAGAAGACUUUGAGGGAUUUGUGUCCUAGGCUGUUCCAAUUGGCGAUUCAUAAGGAUGGUUUAGUUAGUGAGAUGGGGGUUUGGGAGGAAGGUAGUUGGAAAUGGAGGAUUGAUUGGAGAAGAGGGAGCCGGGGAAGAGAGAAGGAUGAGGAGGUGUUGUUGUGGGAGAUCCUGGGUAAAGUUCAACUAAAGGAAGGUGUUAAGGAUUGUUGGCAGUGGGUGCAUGCUCCUGAUGGCAGGUUUAGGGUGAGACAUGCGUAUGAGUUCUUGGAAUCUACGAAUUACAUUCUGAAUGAACAAUUAUGUGCUGCAUUGGUGGGGUAUGGAGGCUGUAGUGCCGAAUAGAGUGGGGGGAAUAAUGGAGUUGUUUGCAUACGGGCUGGGUAGGGUGAUAGGGAAGGAUUUGGGGGCUUGCAUCUUUCUUGUUACUGCAUGGUAUAUAUGGUUUUGGAGGAAUUGUAGAGUUUUUAAAGGAGAUGGGGUAUCAAGGGAUGAGUUAUUGGAUAUGAUUCAGGCCAAGAUUUUUUUCUGGGUAAAAAAUAAAGUGCAGGGAUGUGU